GGCGUGACAGCUCCUGGACACGGCAGUGGGAGCGAUUCAGAUGUUAUUAGACACAUUUACUAGGAUAAUUCUGGAAAAUCCCUUAUCUGCUUAUUGUGUUAAUAGUGUUUUAGUGAGAUUAUAUAGUACCUGAAAUUCGGAGGGCUGCGGUGAACGCCAGUGUCUCUGAGAGAAGCCAAUGGAGGAGCCAAGAUCACAGCUGCCUUUUUGACAGCUGCAGGAGGAGUUCACAUAAUCCGCUGAAGUCUCUGGUAAGAGCCGACUUAAUAUCACAAUUGGUUGACAUGUGGUAGAGAAACAUGUUCGAUUGACCGCUCUGUGUUAAAGCUUCACAACAAACAAAAAAACACCGGUUGUGUUUCGGUUGCUAAAGGCAGCUGCAAUCCACCGCUUUCCACCAACACCAUUCUUCUUUACAGUCUCCAUUAUUAAUUGGACAAAUUGCAAAAGAUUCAGCAACACAGAUGUCCAAAAUACUGUGUAAUUAUGCGAUAAAAAGAGACGACAUUUAGCAGUGAGUGGUGCUGGGCUGAAAUGUCCGCUCCAACCAAUAACGUCACAAGCUCGCGUCAACAUGAGCGUCAUCAUUCCGCAACAUUUUCAACAGGAUACCUCGCGGGAAAUUUAAAAUUGUAAUAUAGUAAACUAAACCGGCCGUAUUGGCAUGUGUUGCAAUGUUAAUAUUUCAUCUUUGAUAUAUAAACUAUCAGACUGCGUGGUCGGUAGUAGUGGGUUUCAGUAGGCCUUUAAAGCAUAACCAAGCAUGCAUCAAUAUAGCUGUUUAAAAGUAAAUGUACUCUCACCACCUGUCACAUCACACCAUGACUUAUUUUGACUUUUUUGCUGUUUUCCUGUGUGUAGUGUUUUAGUUUUUGUCUUGCGCUCCUAUUUUGGUGGCUUUUUCUCUUUUUUUGGUAUUUUCCUGUAGCUGUUUCAUGUCUUCCUUUGUAUUAGCAAUCGAAAUAAUUUCAGUUGCUUUCAUCCUUCUUUGUGGGGACAUUGUUGAUUGUGUCGUGUGCGGAUGUACAUUGUCUUUGCUCCACAGUAAGUCUUUGCUGUCAUCCAGCCUUCUGUUUUUAUUUACUUUGUAAUAGGGCUGUGCGAUAUGGCCUUGUUUUAAUAUCUCGAUAUUUUUAGGCCAUAUCGCGAUACACAAAAUAUAUUUCGAUAUUUUGCCUUAGCCUUGAAUUUACACUUGAUACAUAUAAUCACAGCAGUAUGAUGAUUUUAUGUGUAUACAUUAAAACAUUCUUCAUACUGCAUUAAAGGCCUACUAAAAUGAGAUUUUCUUAUUCAAACGGGAAUAACAGGUCCAUUCUAUGUGUCAUACUUGAUCAUUUCGAGAUAUUGCCAUAUUUUUGCUGAAAGGAUAUAGUAGAGAAAAUCGACGUUAAAGUUCGCCACUUUUGGUACUUCCUGAAAAAGCCUCGCCUUUACCGGAAGUCGCAGACGAUGACGUCACAAGUGUGGGGGCUCCUCACUUAUUCACAUUGAUUUUAAUGGGAGCCUCCAACAAAAACAGUUAUUCGGACCGAGAAAACGACAAUUUCCCCAUUAAUUUGAGCGAGGAUGAAAGAUUCGUGUUUGAGGAUAUUGAUAGCGACGGACUAGGUUAAAAAAAAAAAAAAAGUUAAAAAAAAAACGUGAUAGCUUUGGGACGUAUUCCGAUGUUUUUAAACACAUUUACUAGGAUAAUUCUGGGAAAUCCCUUAUCUUUCUAUUGUGUUGCUAGUGUUUUAGUGAGUUUAAUAUUACCUGAUAGUCGGAGGGGUUUGUCCACGGGUGUCUUGACGCCAUGUCUCACGGGUGUCGACGGCAGCUGUACGGACGACACAAGCUCAGCUGAUAUCCGGUGUGGAGGACAGACGAAUGGCAGUGUGUGCACUGACCAUGUUGGACGGGAUGGUGGACGAGGUGACGGCGGCAGGGGGAGCCCUCCUCCUGGCCCUGGCCCUCGUCCUGGCCUGGCUCUCCACCCACGUGGCCGAGCGCGGGGACCACAUCCUGGGCACCAUCCUCACUGUGGGGGCCCACGCCUCCCUCAUCGGCCUGGGCGGCGACGGCGGCGGUCCCGCCGGCGCAGAUGCCUCCGAGCAAAGCGGCCCGGCGCCCUCGCAGGACAACAAGCCCGACGAGGGCGAAGGCGAGGGGGCGUCGGAGGAAGGUGGGGACGACGGGGUGAGGACAGAGGCGCUGUUGGACAUACGGUGCAAAGCCCCCCCAAGAGUGAAGGCCACCGCCAAGGAGGAAGAAGGUGAUUGUGGCGAAGAGGAGGACCAGGAGGAGGAAUAUAAAAAAAGUGCGAAAGAAAUGCCGACCUCGUCUAUUUCGCUACGACUCAAGUUUUUAAACGACACGGAAGAGGUGGCUGUUGUUCAGCCGCACGACACCGUGGCACACCUUAAAAGCAAGUACUUCUGUGGGCGUGAGCAUCAGAUCAAGCUGAUAUAUCAAGGCCAGCUGCUGCAGGACCCCAAGAGAACGCUGCUCUCACUGAACAUUACUCACAACAGCGUCAUCCACUGCCACGUCUCCCAGGCUCUGCACGACGCCGGGCCAGAGGCGGGGUCCCAGGCCGGGGCGGGGCCCGGAGUCGGGGCGGUGUCGGCCGGCUGGAGGGCGGCGGGCGUGGCCGUCAGCACGGGCAGCCUAGUGGUGCCCGUCUUCGUGGUGAUCCUGGCCGUGGUGUGGUACUUCCGCAUCAACUACCGCCAGUUCUUCACCGCCCCCGCCACCAUCUCCCUGGUGGGCGUCACAGUCUUCUUCAGCUUCCUCAUUUUUGGGAUGCACAGCCGCUGAAGGGGAGGGCGGGAACGUGACCACCGCAGCUGAAUGUGUGCGCUAAUUGCUGCAUGUAGAACCUAGACCUAAACAUUCCCUCGUUUGGAUUUCUAUCUUCAUAGACAGCCCCCCCCCCCCCCCCUGCAUAUUCACGCAAAUAUGAGCAAAAUGGCCUACCACACUGAACAAGAUGCAGGUGUUAUGCUGCGCUUGAGGGAUUCUUCUUUGGCCCCGCCCUCUUCACCAAGUUUCACUGCAGCUACUUUUUGUGUCAUCCUGCUAACAAACAUGAGCCUUGUUGUUUGGUCUUCAACUAGCGGCUUGGAGCACUCAGUGUGCACUUUUUUGUGUGUCUUUUGCGCCACUUUGUUUCCAAUCAAGUCUGUGGCUAAAAAAAAGACUGUAGAAAAAUAAUUUAAGAUUUAAAACAUUUAAAUAUGAGGAGAUACUGUAAUGUGAACGAGGGCUGUGCGAUACAAGUGUUUUAUAUCGGUCGAUAUUCAUAAUUACUGAUGUUUAUGACCUAUGGAAAAUAAGGACCAGGAGAAAAAUGUAUAAAAUGUAAACAUUUUUAUUUAAAGCGUAACCCCUCAGCUAUCAAGGCAGAAAGGAAAUGUCAACACAACACUCAAUGUGAACAAAAUAUUAAAAUCACAUUAAAACAAUAAGCUCUUAAAAUGAAGGUGCAAAAAUAAGGAGUAUGUAAGAAAUGCUUAAUAAAGUGUAACAAAAUAGUGCAAAGUGUGAAAAUGUAAACACAGAGAAACCUGAUAAGAACUAUUUUCCACAGGUUUAAUGCUUGCUGUGCUCUAAAAGGUGUGGGCGGCUAAGGGGGUGUGGCAUUAACGGUCUUGGUGGGGAUCAGCGCCUUGCAUCAUUCACAGACCACAUUGGUCUGACUACGGUUCCUAAAAAAAAACCUGCCAUAUUGUUGAGCCGACUUUUCCUGUUUUAUGAACAAUAUUUUUGAUUUUUACUUUCUCUUCGUACUCCAUGCAAAGAAAACAAGAUGGCACCACCAAACUGAUAUUUGAUCCUGUUAUCUAAUUGGCUGUUAAGUGUGUUGCCUGGUUUCAAAAGAGCAGGUGCCUUUGUUCACGCAACCAACCUUGCUUUGCAACUUUUUUUCCGAAGAAAACUUUUUUUUGAUAUUACAUGUCAAUGGCGAUAGAUGGUUUUAUCGCUCAGCCCUAAUGAGAACUAAAGCAGAGGCCUGCUCACUUGUGCAAUUUGUUUGUUAGUUUCCUUUGUGUCAUCACUUGUGUGUACAUUGUGUAUUUGCUGUAAAUAAACCAAAAGAAGGAAUGAAUCCAAUGAAGCUGCAUCUAGCACUUAAAAUAUUAUUUAAAUAAGAUUUGGAGGAGUCCUGAACUUUAGUGACAUCUCCAAUUAAAAUAAUUUUAAAAAUG